AUGUGGCAACCCAUCGUCGUCGGAGUCCUCCUCGCCGUCGUCUUCUUCGGCGGCGUUGCAUUCGUGCUCAAGCAGCGCCAUGCACCGCCAUCGCCGCGGUUUCAAUCCCGGUCUCCGACCGCGCUGUUUUGUUUUCGGUCGCUCUGUCUCGCCUUUUACCUCGUCGUGCUCGUUGCGCAGUGGGUUCAAUCUGGCUUUGCGUCCUACAACUUUUACACGUUCUGGAACUUCAACCUCCAGGCUGUCUACUUUGGCUGGACGCUGCUCGCGUGCGUCGUCGGGUCGGUCAACAGCCGCGGGCUCAACACGCUUUUCGAUGUCGUGUUUGCCAACAGCUUUGUCGUCGCGACCGUCUUUUGGCUCGUGCUCUACUCGCCCAAGUACGGCGUCACGUGGCUUCAAAUGGCCCAACACGGUGUCAACUCGAUGCUGCUUGGGCUUGAAUUUGCGCUCAACGAUUUUUCCGUGCAGCCGCGCAGCAUGGCCUAUGCGUCGUUUCUCUUGCCGGAUGUCUUUGCUGCGUUUGCGUGGGUCGCGCGCGAAGGCUGGCUCAACUAUUGGGUCUACUCGUUCCUCAAUGUCUACAAAGUGGCCUCGCCAUUGUGGUAUGUCGGGAUCCUCCUCGGCCACUGUGUCUUUUUCGGUCUCGCGGUUUGUCUCUCCAAGGGCAAGCAGUGCGUUCGCCGCGAUGCCAAUGAUCUUGCAUCGCCGUUGAUGCGCGAGUCGACUAGUGUUGCUAAGGUCUAGUUGUUGUUGAAGUGGGUCGUCUA